UAAUGGUCAAAAAGACAAGACUUUUCCAGCUUUGAUGCCUCCGUCUAAUUUUGAUUCUUCUCUUCGAUACUUGAGACUCUGAGGUUAGAUAAGAUACCAUCUCGUAGAUCUCGAAUCUCUCGGGGGUUUUCUUUUUUUUUAAAAAAUCUGUAUUCACGUUUUCUAGUGGGAUUUGCGUGGUAAAUUUUGAAACUUGGAUAAGGAAUUGUCAGAUCAUUGAAUCCAGAUUUGUAAUCUCUGUCUUGUUGGUUGUUUGGAAGUGGGAUCAGAUAUGAACUGGGUUCAACGCAAAAUCUACCUUUACAAUGUCACGUUCGGGCUCUACAUGCUUGAUUGGUGGGAACGAUACCUCUUCAAUGGUUUGGUGGUAGUCUUGAUGUGGUUCGUAGCUUACAACGGUACACGCUACUUUUCUGAACUCUUCAAGAGGCAUUUGACAUGAAAGCAAUGUUUGGUUUCUCGUGCGCGGUAGAGCAUGAAAAGUGGAACCACCUAAGGCUUACCACGUUUGGUUUCAGUUUCGAAGACGUAUACCAACAAAACCUCUAUGCUGCUUCACCUCUGAUUCUGUUAGCUUUCCUCCAAAGUUCGACAUCACUUAAGACUGUUCAAAUGGUCUCUGUCCUUUUUACCAUCUUUUGGAAAUAACAUAACUUAUUUGUAGACGCAUCAGGUCGCAAGCCUUCCUGUUGUAUUCCCGAUCUAUUUGAGACAUGGCCAAACCAAUACUACAAUGAUUGUGCUCUU